GAUACACUGUAUGCACUUUAUCACAUAGGCGUACAGUGUAUUACAGUAUUAUUACUACAUGGGGCACUAAUUACGAGGUCCUUCUGCCAGGUACCUAGUAGGUAUUCCCGCCGUUAAGGCUGCGAGGGGUCCCCCUAAAUGAAGUUGGAGAUAACUUCUGGUACUAACUCAAACCCGUUAGGAUGAUAUCAAUAUACAGCAACUUUGGGGCUCUCCGCAGUGGAGAACCAGUGAGGCUCCGUGCCGCUAUCUCCAACGUCGACCGAUCGUCACCUGAAUCGGUUAAGUUUCAUGGGACAUGACGACAUCGCUACCGAUGAAAUUCUAGUUCGAGAUAUGCGAAAGCAAAGCCGAUGGUGGGGGGCCAAUGAAGGGCGACUCACUUAUCACUAAGAUGUCAAAUGAGUCGCCAGUGAGACGAGAAAGUCAAUCAUGCCACUUGAAAUGUAUGAAUGCUCACUGUCGUUUUUCAUUCAUAAUGCUGUUACCUCCGUGAAGAAGUCAAAUCACUCAAAUUCAACAACUUCAUAUGAAGAUUUCUUUACACCACGCUAAGCUCGAAGGACGUCACCGUGAUAACCACCUAACCUAACUGUCUAACAACAUGGGCUCUAAUUCAGCCAUGGCGAAGGAACGCCCUAGGUCAUUUGGGAUCGGAGGAGCCGGGAACAUCCGAACAUGGGAAGAAGCUGUCGUACACGACGCAAUGUCUGCUAGCGAAGCAGUAGAGCGCCGCAGGAGUAGCCUCAUGAGUCUAGGCUCGGUGGACAGUGCCGAUUCGAAGUCCUCUAAGAUCUCUGGGCGCUUUAAGAGCAUAUUUCGAAGUCGUUCGAAGUCAAUUCCCGAGGUCUCCGAGUAGAGAAUCAAGGAAUACACAUUGGUGAACAAUUGGUAAUUGGCCGAUAGCGAGUAAUCGUAAAGGAGUUGAAGGUAAUACCACGGGAUUGGCGUCGUUUAUCGGUUAUCUCAAGUUUGGAGUCUAUAUGACAUAUCUAAAAUACGGGCUUUCUUUAUCCGUAAGGUCCUGAAAAGCAAGCUUGGCUCUCUCAGUUUCGUCUCCUACAGCCAUGGAUCGUUUAUUUUGGUUUUCGCAUCGCAGGACCAUGAAGAGGGCCAUUGAAGCUAGGAUGGUGAUGCAAUAGCUACAGCAACAAUUUAGUGCCUAUCAAGGUGGAAGGGGAAGGUAUUUGAAAAAGUUUAUGCACGAGAACCAUAUAAUGGCCCAUGGGAUUAAGCCAUAAUUCAGGGUAAUAAGGGGCCUUGGUCUGGCUCUUGAUCAGUUGAGGGUCAAUAAUAUUUCCUAGUAUAUACGCAUUAGCUGGAUUGAGUUCCGGACAGCGGGUAACGAAUUGAAAGCACUUACCAACACAGUAC